AUGCCCCCAAGCACGGAUAAAGAAUGGGUGGUUGUACCCGAGAAUCGUUCUGCCAUCGAAUACUCAUCUCUGGCUGGAGUUCCCGUUUACUACCCUGCUGACGGAAACGCCACCACCAAUUUCACUCUGGAAUCCAGUCACAUGUUCUCUGCCGUCAAUGAGGGUGAGCCAUUGACGGCAACGACGAACGUCACAGGGGGGUUUCAAGGAGAACAACAUCCUUCCAACGGAACGUGGCGCGGGUAUGGCUUUCAAAAUGGUGAUACGCAAUGGGGUCUGGCUACUGAUAGGUUUGUCGACCCGCUCUGGCUUACAACGCCAGACUACACUGUUUCCUCACGGAGUAGCCAUCCAAACAGCCCGGCCAUAUUUACUCACGAGUCCAAGAUCAGUAGUCGUCUAUCAAGAAUACUGGUCCAGCUGGUCAUGCCACCUGGAGGGAACAAAUCCAACAGGGCCUUCGACCAAGUUGAGAUCAUCUGCAACAUCACCCAACAGUAUAUUGAGUCCUAUAUUAGCUGCUCUAAAGGCAAUGACCAACGACUAUGCAGAGUGAUUAAGCAGCGGGCCUCUACACGGGAGCACGCCGCAGAAAGCAUUACGUAUCUAUCAUUUCCUCAAGUCUUCGACUUCGUUUCUCGGGAGCUACCUCUUGCUACAGGAAGGCAAGCUCUUGGUUUCACCGACCCGAGUAUAUACUAUCUCAAAGAUCCCAUGUUCGAACACAUGUCCAACGGCACAGCAGUCUCAAUCGACGAGAUCAAUAUCAAAAAUGUCGGAGUGCGACUUGGGCAGCUAAUCAACACAUACCUUUUGCUGAGCCAAGCAUCAGAGACGAUUACAAAUGCGGGUGUAGCAUUUGAAUCUAAUAUUACCGUGGAAGGGGAGUCAACUACCCUUGUAGAGAUAGUUGUGGUCCGGAAACUUUGGGUAUCUCUGUAUCUACUAUCCAGCAUCGUAUUGCUAGCCGGCGGCAUUCUCAGCGUCAUCUUCGCACACCUGACGUAUGGGCCUGAGAUUCUCGGCUACGUCUCUACGACGAUUCGAAACUCCAAGUUCGUCAGUGUUCCAUCGGAGACGACUUGGAUGGAUGGCCCUGAGCUUGCGAAAGAGAUGAAGACACUGCGAAUAAGGUACGGGCUUCUUGAGGACACGGCUGGGACAUCGGUGCUGGCUGUCGGGCGUGAAGAGGAAACAGAUCGGAUCAGAGACGUUGUCAAGAAUCGCCGGGUCCAAAGCGAAGAGAACUGA